UAUGCACUUGUUGAGCUCUCUUGUGCCUUUCGGGAAAAGCGAAUAGAUUAUGUUUAACGUAUCAGCUGGUCCGUAAUGAAAGUAGGUCCCCAUGUCCAUAGGACUUUGCCUGAAACAGCUGGGGGUUGAAAUUCUGGGAGCAUAAAUGGGAAUCCAUCACCUCUAGACUGUGAGAUAGAGUUUGAAAUCCGUCCCACCCAACACACCAUGGUUCAGUUGCCUGUGCGAGCGAUUUCCCACAGAGCAGCCUCAGAGCUCCAGGCCCCAAAUGCAGAACGGAUCAGCAAAUGGAUCAGCAAAUGGAUCAGCCAAAGGAUCAGCCAAAGGAUCAGCCAAAGGAUCAGCCAAAGGAUCAGCCAAAGGAUCGUCAAAGACAAGUCGAGGGACGGCGGCCAACGACACCACCGGCAUGCUGCAACGACAGCCUUGGCAAGGGCGCAGCUCUUGCUCCUCCACCGCCUCCUGCCCCCUGUUCUCCGGCAGGAGUAGUGACCACGAGGACCCACCUCCACGCUGCUCCCCGAGCCUCUCCUCUCCCAGCCUCCAGGGGUCUAACUCUAGCCUGCACUCGUCAAUAUCCAACUCCAGCCUUCACAAUCUCGGCUCCAACUCCAGCCUCCACAAAUUCGACCACAGCUCCAGCCUCCAGGGCCCCAACACCAGCCUCUACUCAUCUGGCCAGAGCCCCACGGGCUCUCUAUCAAGCCUUCAAGGCUCUUUACCCUGCCUGAAGGACUCUUUAUCUAGGUUGAGGCGUUCUUUGGCGAGCCUGGAUCGUUACAGCGUGAACCUGUACAGCUCUAGCCCAGUGUCGCGUAGCACUGGCCCAAGCCCUUGUCCCAGCUUGCAAAGUUCCAGUCCCAGUCUGCGCAGCACAUCCAGCUCCAGCGUGCUCAGCGGCGGCUCCAGUGAUGAUGACAGCUGGGACACCAACAGCUGGAGCUCAGGGGCCACCUGUCUGCUUCGUACUUCCAUCAAGCAGCACAGUGACGAGUUGUUCAGAGCCCGUGCCAGCUCCCCUGAUCCCUGUGGCCGGGCCGACAAGGCAGCUGGCAGUGACACAUCCACAGAAAACAUCUACCAGACUGUGGGGAACUACGAGGGCGAUUGCUGGAAAGACAGAGCUCAGAGCCCAGAGGGGCCGGAAGAACCCAGAGGGUUGAAAGCACCCUGGGACUCCACCCAAAGCCUCUCGUCUUCCAGGAAACAGAGCCAAAGCAAGGUUGUGACCUUCUCAGCACAGCAGGAGCGGACACUGGAGGAGCGGCUCAGGUUCUCCCAGUUCCUAGAUGAGGUCACAACACGGGUACUGGUUCCUGGGAGACCCUGGGAAACCUUUAACCCAGUCCGACAGAGAGAAUUACCAGCUUCUGAAAAUUCCUGGAAAAAUGCAGGGUCUUCAUCUGUACACACCAUUCAUGAAGUACAGGGCCUGAGGGUGAACUGUGCUCACUUGGAUCACCAGUGCAGAAAGUACUAUGCACCCAGCUGGAAGGUGCUGGACCCCGAAGAAGGCAUGGGGAAAGGGGACCAGGGGGAAAGCUGCCUUCCAGAGUUGGCGUCUGAGGGAAGAACCUACCUGGAGACGGACAUUGAUGUUGUCCGGAGGCAGGAUGAACUGGAGUUUUAUGGCUCCCUGGAGAAAGGGAGGCAAUGCCAGACGGAACGAGGGGGGGGGUGGGAGGAAAGGCCCAUGCUUUGUUGCUCUGAACCUCUCCGAAGGAGCUUUGAUGAAAGGAGGAGCCCCACAACAUGUCCAGUCUUGUCGUGGCCCCAAAGUCUUUCCAAAUACCCGCAUUGCUCCACUUCACUACCGAGACCAGUUAUUAACACGGUCUCUGAUGGGGAGAUGCAUGACAUGAGUUCUCUACAUGACCACAAGGAUGACCUCCGCAAGCGUCUGUCCUACACCACCCACAAACUAGAGAUGGUGGAGUCGGAGUUUGACUCUACCCGUCAGUACCUGGAGACUGAACUCCGUCGAGCCCAGGAAGAGUUGGAGAAAUUCAGUGACAAAUUACGCAGGAUACAGAGCAGUUAUGCAGCUCAACAGAGGAUCAACCAAGAUCUAGAGGACACUGUCCACAGGACGUCCCAGCACCAUGAGGACGAGAAAAGAGCACUCAGCCGAGAGAUCAUCGUCCUGAACAAUCACCUCCUGGAGGCCAAGAUCACAAUCGAGAAGCUUAAAGAGGACAAUGACCUCUACAGGAAGGACUGCAACCUGGCCGCGCAGCUUCUCCAGGGCUCCAAGUCCUACCACAGAGCCCACAAGCUGUCUGAGCUGCCCGUUGACUUCCAGGAGAGGGUGAGCUCCCACAUUGAAAAGCACGGCCGUGGCAUCACCAUGGCGAUGUGCCACUCACCGUACUCCGAUGCAGUGCCAACUGCCGUCAUCGCCAAUGUGCUGCAGAAACCGGAGCCAGGCAACAGUUGCCCGGUCACCCGUUCACCCAGCCCUCAGCCGCUCGAGGACGAGGGCCCAGACCGAGACUUUGAGGCCAAUAGUCAGGGCGGCGGUGCUGAAAUACUCCAGCGGCGCGCAGCCUACCGGACGUCGGACCUGUACUGCAGUGACACGGCCCUCUACUGCCCAGAGCGCUGGCAGGAGCGCCGGCAGAGCGUGGAUGUCCACGGCCGGCCAGCGGGUCUUCGGGACCAGAACUCCAGUGACUCCAACCCAGAGGAGGACUUUCAUCCGGGCGACUUCUCUCAGCACGGAGAGUUCGCGCUGGGCUCCUUGCGGGCCGCCAGCUCCUACUCCAGCUUCAGCCAGGCGUCAGAGGACGAGAAGGGCGUGGAAGGAGGCGGCGGAACGCUGUCCUCCUCCCACCAGGUGCUCUACAUAGACUGGCAGGACAGGGGCUACGGCGAGCGCAGGAGCACCUCGUCCUACGAUAAAGACAGCCCCACCAGCACCGGCGUCUUCCCCAAAUCCCACAGCUUCCAGCACGUCGCAAUGCCGCCGUCCCCCAACCGGGCCAAGGGCUGCGGCAGCUCUUCGCCGGCAUACGCGCGCACGGCCUCCUGUGGUUACGGCGAGCCGUACCACUCGCCCUGCCUCGCAUCGUCGCGCAGUAUGGACUCCUCCAAGGGCGGAGUGGGGCCUCAGGGGGUGGAGCGCUCCGACAGCCAGGGCAGUAUGGGUAGCGUAGGAGUCCCCGGCGAGGAGGAACUGACCGGACGCUGCAGGCAGUUGAGCGUGGAGGAUGUCAACUCGUACUCGUUCAACCGCAACCCGGGCCGCGUCUCUCCCUACAGCUUCUCCGAGCAGCACUUCGCCAUGGGCCCGGCCAAGGUGAAACUGGGGCCACUCUACAGCAGCUUCCAGGAGGGAGACGAUAACGUCUUCCUCAACAGCCCGGUGUUAGACCACUGCUUGGCCAGCCCCAGCCCUAAACACCCCGGCCUGGGCGCCCGGGGCCACGUGGACCAGCCCCCUCCCCUGUACCGAGCCAAGGUAGACAGCCAGGACUCAGAGUGCAGCCUGCCGUUCCUGUCAGAAAGCUUCAAGGACGAGGAGGGCGGAGUGGCAGAUGUGAGUCCCAACAGCUCAGCUGAGUCUUUACACCACCCACGCUCCCUGGAAGCCUCCGGUCUACGACAACACCACCCAUGUUCCCUGGAAGCCUCUGGUCUGCAGCAACACCACCCACGCUCCCUGGAAGCCUCUGGUCUGCAGCAACACCACCCACGCUCCCUGGAAGCCUCUGGUCUACAGCAACACCACCCGCGCUCCCUGGAAGCAUCCGGUCUGCAGCAACACCACCCGCGCUCCCUGGAAACAUCCGGUCUGCAGCAACACCACCCGCGCUCCCUGGAAGCAUCCGGUCUGCAGCAACACCACCCACGUUCUCUGGAAGCUUCCGGUCUGCAGCAACACCACCCAUGCUCUCUGGAAGCCUCCGGUCUGCAGCAACACCACCACCAGAGAGCGAGGGAGCGGCCCAGCCCAAGCCCAGCUCUUCCAAAGAAAAGUUCUAAACAAUACCAAAACUUUGGAAGCACGGGAACAGCACUGAGCAGGAAGGACAGCCUGACCAAGGCCCAGCUGUAUGGUACUCUGCUGAACUGAGUGUUGACCCUUCACAUAGAGCUGACGAGCCACAAUGCAAUUACAUGGCAUCAGCACGCAUGAGCCAGCCUGACAAAGUCCUGAUAUUAUCUCAACGCGACAGGUAGAACAUUCGUUUCACAACAAGGCUACACGGCAACGUAUUUUAAACCUCUGAAGAUACAAUAGGAGAAAAUCUUGUUCGUGCCCAUAUCAAGUAAUGAAGCAUUAUAGCUUUCUAACUAGUGUUACCGACAGCUCUCCUUUUUGUGCAUGACAAUUAUGUACAUCUUCAUCUUUCCUGAGGCGAACAGAUGGCUGUUGUGGAAGUGAGAUAUUUUUUUAAUUCGGCGAAGGCAUGUUUUAAGCUGUCUGGGGAGCUACACAGCCAUUGUUGCCCACUUGUUUAUUUAUGAUUCAUAGUAGUUAUCACAGACCAGCCACUAGAUUUCCUCAUUUAUUCCUACAAUAUAUCACACCUUAGUGUCAUGGAGGCAAGAAGUACUGCACAAAAUAGGUAAGCUACUAGCAUUUGAAGUAUAUCAGUGAAACACCAUUAUUUAUUACCGAACAUAACGUGUCUCGUUUAUUUGGCGAAUGUCUGAGAGCUACAAGUUUCCGUCCUUACACCCCUGCUGCUGAGGAGGUCAUUAACAUUGCAUAACGCAGGCUUUCACCUACGACCAUCUGUAAUGAACAGGAUAUCCUGCUAACUCAGAAGCUGUUAACUGAACUUCCAAGGCCAUUCAUUUUCCCAUGCAUGUUAUGUUAUGCAUGUACGAAUGGACUAAAAGACAUUCCUGACCACGGAGUGACUCUCUGCAGGAGCUUGCGGUUAGUUCCGGAACAUUGGGGACACUCAACAUGACUUAUGACUUCCUUCUGCCAUUGAAUUCACAUGACUCUUGAUAGUUAGGGGGAACACUUCUGAAAAAAGACAUAUAGCAUGAAGUGGAGUUCGAUCGAUCAGUGGCAGCUUUAAAACAGACUGUUAAAACAGUACUGUGCUAUACUGUGCCAGCAGCUGCUAGGGCGACGGACUGGUAAAGGGAGUAUUUUCCCCUCACAACACUAAAAGACUACAUAUACACAAUUACCGUCAGGAAAGUAGACAGAGCAAACAUUAACGGAAGUAACGCAUUCAUUAUGGCAUCUAUUCACAAUCCUUUAGGAAAAUGAUACAGGAAUUUGAAAAAAAGUCAGGGUGUCAAAUAUUUCAUGUGGCCGGGAUAUAUAUACUCUGUUUGAAGAUUACACAUGAGAAUUUCUCCCCCGAGCAGCUUGUGAAGCCCAAAUUGGAAAAAAGCAUGAAUUUAUGAAUAACCACCACUAGCUAGAACAUUUUGCCUUAAUUCUGUUCAGUAGCUAGUAUUCUCCUUUUCUACACUACAACUGACAGUGAUGUAUAUAUGUAUGUUAUUAAUGUUUCAUACAGACCGUUAAUAUACCAGCCUGAUUUCCUACUUUACAUUCUUGAACAUUGUUAAUACCAGCCACCACGAUCUCUAACCAAAAUGAAGCACUUCUUGCUCUUACCCGUCCUCUCACUGUGGCAAUUUUAUUUGUGAAUAUUUCCCUCUACAUUUCAAGACCAGUUAUUUAUCCCCUGGUCUCAGGACACCCUCUGUGGGAGAUGGACACACACGAGAAAUGCUGCGGAAGUGACAGAGAGGCCAAAGAGGCAGUGCUGACGCUCUGUGCACUGGAGUCAGUGUAGCUUUUCCCACCCUGCCUCCAUUUUGGUUCUUCUUUUUUUGGCGGUGUCCCUUAAGAACAGCAGUAGAUCAAUCUAAACUGCUGUACGGAGUGCUGUUGGAUGCAGAUCCCCAUAGACAGAAUUUUUUGUGUGUGGAAGUAGUGUAAGAAAGAUAUAUUAGAUAUAAUCGUUAUUAUAGUUUCUUUUUUCCUUCUUCCCCUGGUUAUGUUGACACUCACUACGCUGUCCUUGGGUCCAGUUCUACCUCAGACUCCAUAUACAACAAAUAACUUUUAAAGGUUGUUUGAUGCAUGUUUCUAUACUUUUGCUGUAUGUUUUAUUUCCUUAAUAAAGAGGAGUGUUGGAAUGA